GGUGUUGCUACGAAACAACUUCCUGUGUUUUGUUAUUGUAGUCUUCAUUUAAUCAUUUAAAAUUAAGUAGUUCUUUCAAACAAAUAUGCCUGCCAAAAAGAAGAAGAGUGGAAAGAAGGGCAAAAAGGGAAAGAAGUCAGGAAAGGCAAAAACCCCAACUGUCAUCGAUGGAAUCUCAACGGAAGAAAUGACAAAAGAGCAGCUGGAGGAGCACAUUCUUCGGCUGCGCGAAGAGUUGGACCGCGAGCGUGAGGAGCGGAACUACUUUCAGCUGGAGCGUGACAAGGUGAACACGUUCUGGGAGAUCACAAAACGCCAGCUUGAGGAGAAGAAGGCCGAGUUGCGCAACAAGGACAGAGAGAUGGAGGAUGCGGAAGAGAGGCACCAGAUUGAGAUCAAGGUUUACAAACAGAAAGUGAAGCACUUGUUAUAUGAGCACCAGAACAAUGUCUCAGAGUUGAAAGCAGAAGGGUCGGUUUCCCUCAGACUGGCUCAAGAUGAACACAGAGGCGACGAAUUGGAGUUGAGAAAAGAUAAACGGGCACUUAAAGUUUCCCUUAAAGAGCAGGAACUCUCACACGAAGAUAUCAUCAAAAAUCUCAAAAGGAAAAACGAUGAGGGCAUCACUGAGUUACGAGCGGAUUUUGAAAGGCGGGCACGUGAAAUCGAGGCCAAAUACGAGAAGAAGAUGCGUACAUUGAGAGAUGAGCUGGAUCUGCGGAGGAAAACAGAAAUACAUGAGAUUGAGGAGAGAAAGAAUGGACAGAUCAACUCCCUCAUGAAGAACCACGAAAAAGCCUUCAGUGACAUUAAGAACUAUUACAAUGACAUAACACUCAACAACUUGGCAUUAAUCAAUACCCUUAAAGAGCAAGUUGAGGAAAUGAAGAAGAAGGAUGAGCGGAUGGAGAAGCAGAUGGCUGAGAUCUCGGCAAAGAACAAGAUGCUCACCGAGCCACUACAGAAGGCACAAGAGGAGGUGGAGGAGCUCAAGAAGGAACUCUCUAACUACGAGAAGGACAAAGAGACACUCAGGAUGACAAAGGCACGUUUGAAGAUUGCAGAGGAGGAUAACAGGUCACUCAAGUGGGAACAUGAGGUGCUCGAACAGAGGUUUGAAAAGAUCCAGGAUGAGCGUGACGAGCUCUACCGCAAGUUUGUGAAGGCCGUACAUGAGGUGCAACAGAAGUCCAACUUCAAGAACCUUCUGCUGGAGAAGAAGCUCGGGGCUCUUGCGGACACGCUCGAGAAAAAGGAGGCCCAACUCAACGAGGUCUUAUCCGCCUCCAACCUCGACCCCACCGCCCUCACUGUUGUCACACGAAAACUCGAGGAUGUGCUGGAUUCAAAGAACAGCGCCAUCAAAGAUCUGCAGUAUGAGCUGGCUAGAGUCUGCAAGGCUCAUAAUGACUUACUGAGAACAUACGAGGCCAAGUUGAACCAGUUUGGAAUCCCUACAGAGGAGCUGGGCUUCAAGCCACUAGAGAGCACCGUCGGGGGUCAGUCGUUGGGGCAGGGGCCGGCUGGGCUCGUGUCCGCACCCUCAUGAUCACGCCACGUCUCUUUGUCACCUUUCAACAUCUUUCUAGUGGACUGACUAAUUUUCAUGUUUUAAAUUAUUUGACAUCAGUUCUAAAAAAUAUUUUUACCAAAAAAAUGUUAAAAAUUUCAUAUGGAGUACCUGAUAAAAAAAAUGUUUCGAACGUUUUUUGUUUUGUUUUUUAAUAUUUUUUUUGUCUAGAUUAAAAGCAAAUUUUCAGUGUUGUGACUUUGUUUGGAAUAUGAAGGAAUACCAUAACAUUUCAUUUAAAUAUAUCAGAAACAAAACAACAUUUAACCACAAAAUUAUGUAAUGGUAAUACUGUUAUUGAUAAAGUGUAUGUUUAUUUAUUCUAAGAGUUUCUGUGAUAAGGUUCUAUACAAUUUAGCUGUGCUUCUACAGUUGUUAUAAAUCCAUGUACUAUUUAAACAUGCACUCGCGUGCAAAUUCAUACGUCUAGUUAUUUGAGUAUGAAAGUCUAAGAAUUGAUUGAUAAUAGAACAAGGACAAUUAGUAAAAGUACCAAGUUCAAAAGCUGGUUUUAAGUGCACGUUUUGUUUGGAUAAGAUUUUAAUAAAAGACUUUGAAAAACCAA